CGUGAAUCUUGUCAACACGAUCUUCUCCUCUUCUUGUUAAUAAUAAUCAUCUUUCAAACCCAACCCAACACACCCACAAAAAAAGCAACAAACUUUCAUCAAUUUCACCCCAUAUAUCUAUAUCUAUAUAUCUAUUUAUAAAGUUAUAAUUAAAUGGCGGCUUACAGAGCCGACGAUGACUACGAUUAUCUUUUCAAACUAGUCCUGAUCGGCGAUUCGGGUGUGGGCAAAUCCAAUUUACUUUCAAGAUUUGCUAAAAAUGAAUUUAAUCUUGAGUCAAAGUCAACUAUUGGAGUUGAAUUCGCCACUAGAAGUAUUCGUGUUGAUGAUAAAAUUGUUAAAGCUCAGAUUUGGGAUACUGCUGGUCAAGAAAGGUACCGUGCGAUUACAAGUGCAUACUACAGAGGUGCUGUUGGUGCUUUACUUGUGUACGACACUUCACGCCACGUUACUUUUGAGAACGUUGAGAGAUGGUUGAAAGAGCUACGGGACCACACUGACCAGAAUAUUGUGAUCAUGCUAGUGGGAAACAAGUCCGACUUACGACACUUGCGUGCAGUCCCCACAGAGGAGGCAAAGGCAUUUGCUGAAAAGGAAAAUACCUAUUUUAUGGAGACAUCAGCUCUUGAGGCGUUGAAUGUUGAAACCGCCUUUACUGAAGUGCUUACACAAAUACAUAACGUGGUUAGCCGAAAAGCACUUGAUGCAGGUAACGAUGCUUCAUCUUUACCUAAAGGGCAAACCAUUAAUGUUGGAUCAAAGGAUGAUGUCUCUGCUGUGAAGAAAGUUGGUUGCUGUUCUGCUUAAAAUGUUUUAAGGUGAAGAGUAAGCAUUUUAAUGCUAUAUGAACUUAUUGGGGUUAUAUGUGUUCUGUUCAAUCGUUAAUUGCAGUAGAACAUGUACAACAUAUAUGUUUGAAUGUUUUUUAGGAUUUGAGACAGUUAUUUUUUUGAAGUAAAUCUUGAAUAUUUCUGGAA